CGCACGCAAAGAGCACACCUACAAGCCACAUUCCCAUCCACAUUCAUCCCCCCAUCACCCACCCAUCCACCCACCGAUUUCCUUAUCUUCACCUCCCUAACACAAUUCUUCCCAUCCCCUUACCAUUUUCGCCAUAGACCAUCGCUCCCACAUACCGAACCUACUUCCUGUGGUGUUCGGUGUCUUCCUCGCCACCGCCGCCGCUGUCGUCGUCACCGUGCGGCACACCGUCUCUGUUGCUACAAUCUCUAUUCAAGGCCGGACAGACGACAACUCGAUCGAUCAAGAACAAGCGCGAGGCUCUAGCUCGACAAUGCCGUACGCAGCAGCCACAAGGACGUCACCGGAGCAGCACAGCCGUGUGGUCACCAACGGGAGGGCCGCGGUGGCGUGCGCCGGUCACGCGGGCGUGCCGGCCGAGGUGGCGCGGCAUCACGAGCACACGGUAGCCGCGGGGCAGUGCUGCUCCGUCAUGAUGCGGUCCAUCGCGGCGCCGGUGGACGCGGUGUGGUCGCUGGUGCGCCGCUUCGACCAGCCACAGGGGUACAAGGGCUUCAUCAGGAGCUGCCACCUCGUGGACGGCGACGGCAUCGAGGUGGGAUCCGUGCGGGAGCUCGAGGUCGUCACCGGGCUGCCCGCCCAGAACAGCCGCGAGCGGCUGGAGAUCCGGGACGACGAGCGCCGGGUGAUCGGCUUCCGGAUCCUGGGCGGCGACCACCGCCUGGCCAACUACCGCUCGGUGACCACCGUGCACGAGGCGGCGUCACAGAACGGCGGCGGGCCGCUCACCAUGGUUGUCGAGUCCUAUGUGGUGGACGUGCCGCAGGGGAACACCGUCGAGGAGACGCACAUCUUCGUGGACACCAUCGUUCGGUGCAACCUACAGUCCCUCGAGCGCACGGUUCUCAGGCAGCAGGCGAUGGCGGCAGCGCCGCACAACAACCACAACCACAACUGAGCGCCGCCGGCCGGGCUGGCCGGCUGGAAACCAUCGCAGUUGGGCUGCCGGUUUCUUCGAAGGCUUCAUCUACCAUUUAUGAUAUUUUCUUUCGUCGUUGGUAGUAAUCUAUACUUUCACCAAAAAAAAAACAAACAAAAAACAAAAAACAAAAACAAAACAAAAAACAAAAAAACAAAAAAAAUGGUACUGUAUACUUUUUGAAGUUUGGGGUUGUUUGUCUUCCCUUUCUUAAACUCUAAACAGUGAAGUGUUGUAUGAUACACCAUCAAUAAUAAGACCAGUAAAGUAGUAUAGUUAUAUAUAUAUGUAUGUAUGUGUAUAAAUUUUUUUUAUACUUCUGGAAUGAUAGGACUAGCUUGAGGGUUUCUUUCUUCU